UGAAAACAAAACAGCAAGAUAUAAAUACUGGGGGGUGGAAAAAUAUGAGGUGGAGGUCGACAAAAAAAAUUAUUGUUUUUAAUAUUGUUUUCCUUUUUUCGUUCUUACCUCACUCCCUCAAUAAAAAUAAAAAUUCCUUUUUUCAUUUUUAUACCUUUUAUUAAAUUUGUUAAUAUUCAUAUUCAUAUUCAAAUUCCCUUUUUUAUUUGAAAAAAUCUCCGAGCCCUAUUACUUAUGUCAGUUUUCUUUAACCGCACGCCAGCGGUAUCUCCAUGUCUAUCUUCUGAAAGCCAAAGCAGCAGUAAUCACAGUGACCCCACAGUAACGCCGCCACACAUUAAUUUCAAAGAAUUAUUCGGCCUGCCACCAGCCACGCCAUCCCCAACCAGCACCACCCUAGGCAGCAGCCCUGACGGCAGCAGCUCAGAGAGGCCCAAAUCACUAGCGGGAUCCGCGCGCUCCCUCCUCAGCGUACUCAGCAUUGCAAACAAAUUCAAAAAAGCGCUUUCGCCCAAACCAUCCAGCCCCGCGGACCUUCCGGCAGACCCCUUGCAAUCGGAUCAGCAGGAGCAACGGGUCAAUGACCUGGUGGUUAAGUACAUGGAUCUGGAGGACCGGCACACCAGAGGAUACGUGGAUGUCACCAAGAACCACGCGCCGCAGCGCAAACGGAAACCUGGCAAAAAACCCGCAGCAAAGUGUAAGGUCUAUUAUGAGGUCUACGGACAUGGUCCGAGGCGGCUGCUCUUUAUUAUGGGGAUGACCGGGAGCACGCAGUAUUGGCGACUGCAGACCCGACACUUUGCGUCCCUGGGGGACUACACCGUCUGCGUAUUUGAUAAUUGCGGCAGCGGUCGGUCGACCACUGCACCGGGACCCUAUAAGAUCUCGCAGUUGGCGCGGGACGCGCUCAGUGUGCUGGAUCACCUGGGCUGGGAAAAGAAUAUCAAUAUGGUGGGCGUGUCUUUGGGCGGAAUGAUUGCGCAGGAAAUGUGCUUGAUGCGGGCGGGGGUAUUCGACUCGGUGUGUUUUGUGGAUACCUGGCAUAGUGCUGCGCUGGCUGUGCCGACGGUGAAGGAGGUUGGGUUUGCCUUCAAGGGCAUGUCGCUGGCCGGGAAUCCCAGGGGCUUGAUCCAGCUGGUGUUUUCCAAAAAGUGGAUCGAGGCACCAUUCCACGACGCGGAGGGGGGGGAGGACGGAGGGUGCCAGGAGACGGCAGGCCUGAACAAUGGCGCUGUUAUGCUCAAGCUAUUCGAGGCCAUCCGAGCCGACCUCGUUCGCGACCCUGAUUGCGGCGCCAGCCCCGAUAGUCCGCCACCGAGCGGGUCGGGGAAGCAGCAGGCGGCUCAGGAUGCUCAGCCCGGGACCAUAUCUGCACACACACCGCCGCGGUUCCUGACCCCAGACAUGGCGCCCAAGGCCGUAUCUCCGGACAUGCCGCCCAAGCUUCCGACGCCCAAAACACUGCCUCGGCCGCUGCCUAGGGCCGUCACCCGGCUGCUGGAGCGGCCCAAGCCGCUCGCGCACUCGCGAUCCAUCGCAAGCCUGCAAUCCCCCCCCUCAACCGAGUCCCAGCCCCCAUCCCUGCCCAAGCGCAACACUGGCGAUAUCCACCAAUUCAUCGCGACGCUCGGCCACCGCCUGCCCGCCACCCGUGUGCGCUCAAUCCGCGACCUCAACCCAAACACGCGGUUCCUCAUCAUCCAUGGCGAAAAGGACCGCGUCAUCAGACCGUUUUGUGCACGCUCGUUUGCGAAACUGCUCCAGUGUCCGCUUGCGUGGAUUCCACGCGCCGGGCAUAUGCCGUUGAUAGACUCACAUUACGCUGGUGGAUCCCCCCGCGAAAUGAUCAUGUACGGCACACUGCUCGACGCGCCGUUCAGGAUCAGGCGGUACGACCAGAACCAGAACCAGGACCAGAACCAGAGCUAG